GUGCGGCGCUACCUGCCCUGGGCGCUGGUGGCCUCCAUGCUGGCGGGCUCCCUUCUCAAGGAGCUCUCCCCGCUGCCCGAGAGCUACCUCAGCAACAAGCGCAACGUCCUCAACGUGUAUUUUGUCAAAGUGGCCUGGGGCUGGACCUUCUGUCUCCUCCUGCCUUUCAUUGCCCUCACCAACUAUCACCUGACAGGCAAGGCUGGCCUGGUCCUGCGGCGGUUGAGCACCCUGCUUGUGGGCACGGCCAUCUGGUACGUCUGCACUGUCAUCUUCUCCAGUGUUGAACACUACACGGGCAGCUGCUACCAGUCACCAGCCCUGGAGGGGCUCAGAAAGGAGCCCCAGAAUAAGCAGCAGUGCCACCAGGCAGGGGGCUUUUGGCACGGCUUUGACAUCUCGGGCCACUCCUUCCUGCUGACCUUCUGUGCCCUCAUGAUUGUGGAGGAGAUGGCUGUGCUGCAUGAGGUGAAGACGGACCGAAGCCACAGCCUCCACACCGCCAUCACCGCCCUGGUCGUCGCCCUGGGCUUCCUGACCCUCAUUUGGGUGUGGAUGUUUCUGUGCACUGCCGUUUAUUUCCACAACCUGUCCCAGAAAGUAUUUGGCACCCUGUUCGGUUUGCUGGGCUGGUAUGGGACAUAUGGGUUUUGGUAUCUGAAAUCUUUUUCCCCAGGACUUCCUCCCCAGACCUCUCGUUUGAAUUUGAAGCAAGACAGUUAUAAGAAAUAAAAGAGAAACAAAAGGAGUGACAGCAGGACAAUGGGCGCUGAACAAGAGGCUUUUGAGGGCAUCUGUGAUCCCAGAGUACUGCCAUGCUUGUUUUGCCUUUCCACAUGGAGGUUCAUUCACCGACGCCUCGUUUUCCACAUGCAUCUGUCAUAGUCUGAGUACCAGAUUGUAUUUAGAGAAUGGCUCUUGCCACUGUUAUAUACACACAGAUCGUAUGUGUAAACAAGCAAAUUAAGUAAACUGGAGAUAAUGAAAUACCACA